CAGAAAGCCUAGAGCUCUUCCUAUCCAAGCGGGAACUGAAUUCUGCAGAUAAAAUAAAAACAAAAAGCAUUUUAAUGAUGAGUAUCAGUUCUUGAAGUGUGUAAAGAGCUGAUAACUGGCUACAGCAGGGUGAAAAGAGAUAUGGUAUCCUCGAAUGAGGAUUCGGCCAGCUGAUAAUUGUUCACCAUCCUCAACAAGUAACCGGCAAUGUGGCUCUAGGCUUAAAUCUGCAAUGAACAGUUGACAGCAGUUCCAGUAAAGAUGGAACAGAAUAAGCCUCCAUUGUCUAAGCUCAUGCUGAUGACAAUUCUGGACAGUAAAGAUGAGUUAGACGAACGACUGGAGCGCCACUACAAUGUGGUGUCCAACCUGAUCACAGGACUUUCUGAACGUGAGGUUAAUGACGCGCUUAACGCAUUCGUUGGCAAAGGAUCUCAGCAGCAUGAAGAAAUAACACUUGGUCUGCUCUAUUCCAUUUUAACCGAUCCUAAACAAGCUCCAAGAAGUUACAGAGAUCUAACCCUGGUUACGAGAGAUAUGCUUGGUCUCGUACUGCUCAGGAGCAACCAGUUGAUCUUCGAAAAAUGGCAAAAGCUUCUGGAUUCAACUCGGCACCAGAUUGUUUGGUUUUGCAAAGAGCUCGUAAAAAAUGGCGUUGCCAAUGCUGAGAGUGUUUGUCAUUCUCUGCUGAGGCAGGUGGCGGGUGGUGACAUCACACAGAAGAAUGUUUGGCUGGCCGAAGCCAUGUUGGAUUUAUUCACAGAAAACAGAGUUUGGCUGGACAAAAACCCUGGACUCAUCCCGACUGUGGUGUUCACAUUCCUGAGAGUGAUCACUGACCACGGGAAUCCGUCACUGAGUAUCCUGCGCCAACGCGAGAGCGAGUUUUGUGUGAGUCUUCUGAGAGAAAAGUGGACAGACUGCAUUGUCAUUGGUAGAGAUUUGGUAAGGCUGUUACAGAGCGUUGCCAGAAUACCAGAGUUUGACAGCCUGUGGCGAGACAUCAUGUUGAACCCCACCUCCAUCAAUUCACAAUUCACUGGCGUCGAACAACUUUUACGGAUGCGAACUUCUCGAAAGUUCCUUGUCUCGCGCCUCACUCCCGAGAUGGAAAACAAACUCUUAUUUUUGAUCACUAAAGUUCGCUUUGGACAGCAGAAACGUUAUCAGGACUGGUUUCAAAGACAGUAUCUGUCUACGCCAGAGAGUCAGUCUCUGCGAUGUGAUCUCAUCAGGUACAUCUGUGCUGUGUUCCAUCCUCCAAAUGAACUCCUCUGCUCUGACAUCAUUCCGCGUUGGGCUGUGAUUGGGUGGCUAUUAACAACCUGUACGUCAAAUGUGGCCGCUUCCAGCGCAAAACUGGCGCUGUUUUAUGACUGGCUUCUUUUUGAUCCAGAAAAGGACAGCAUUAUGAAUAUAGAGCCUGCAAUUUUGGUCAUGUAUCACUCCAUGAGACCUCAUCCAGCCAUCACAGCUACUCUCUUGGAUUUCUUGUGUCGCAUCAUGGCAAACUUUUACCCAGCUCUGUCAGACUUGGUUAAGCAAGGCAUCUUCACUUCUCUGGCCUCAAUUCUGGAAAAAAGAGUCUUACAGUCUUUGUCGCCUCUGUUUGACAACCCCAAGCUGGACAGAGAAUUAAGAAGUCUGAUUAAAGAGAAUUUCAGCAAAUUUUGCUCUACGGACAUCAAGGAGCCAACUCCAGAAGUGAAUCCCACGAUAGUGUCUCCAGUGGCCAAGGAGGUCAGCGAGCUCAUGGACAACUCUACGCCAAAUCAUGUAAAUGAUAGCAACAACCUAGCGCCACCAGAGGGCGUGUUCAGCGACGACGAGGAUGACAUACCUCUGGACAAGCUGAAGCAGGAUUUAGGGGAGCGAUUCAAACCGAUUCAGUCACCAAACCAACUGGAGAAAGUGGACGUCACAGAAUUUCUGCAACAGCUAGAGGGAGACGUUAAGAACUUGACGCUCCAGCUGCAAGACGAGUCUGACCAAGCCAACCAGUGUGAACUCAUGGACAGACUCGUACAGGCUGUCAUCCAAGAUGACGAGUUUGACCAAGAAGCCUCCUCGUAUCUUGCUCAGUGCUUAUGCCAACUCCUCAUCGGGCAGUUCAACAACAACAUUCUCCCCAAGGACAUCAACGACGAUAGUAUUGAGGACUCCAUCGGGACACCGCUCUUUGUGAUGUUCAGGAACCUAGCGGCCAUGGCAACGGAGGACCCGAGUAGACAACCUCUUCUCCAAGUUCUUGGCGACAUGUACAACAAGCAGCCAAAAAUAGGUUACCAUCUGUUGUACUUUCUGAAAGUCUGUAAAGGCAAUGACGAUAAAAUGUCCACGUAUAAAGACUUCUGUCAAAGUUUGGACAAGGAUGCGGAGUCUUGCCUCAUGCAAGACCUGAAGUUGUGCCAGGAAGACGAUGUGAGGCUGUUCACUUUCCUUUUACCCGACAUUUAUACACAGUUCCCUACCAGCGCCGUGGGGAAUUCCAGCUUGCUCUACAUGAUCGUCUCUAGCAUCGACGGCACUCAAUUACAAGACCUCAUUUGUCAUAUUCUUCAGGGUCACCUCAUCCUCUUCCGCAAGGAUUCGUUUCUUUCCGUGCUCAACGCGAGCUUGGAGUGGGAAACGUUGGAGCAGUAUUUCCUAUGGCAGCUUAUCUCCGCGCACAAUAUUCCUGUAGAGCACAUCAUGCCGAUUUUGCCAAAGCUGGAUUUCGUCUCUCACGCAGAAGCUCUGACGAGUCUGAUGGUGUUGCUGAAACAAGAGUGUCCGAGUACUGAACUGCUGAGAUCAGUUCUGAACCGUGAUUGUAAGAAGCAAGACCUUUUCGCUGUGUCCGUGUUGAAGUACUGGGCUCAGGAGUACGAGGAUAGGCUUGCGGAGAUCAUUCAUAACCAACUCACAAAAGUCAGCACAACGCCCAAAAAGCGCCAGCGCGUGAGUCAUUCCGCCAAGAAAGACAAGGACAACCCGUCGGUCGACCAGAUUCUGUCCCAUCUCGACCACAUGCGUCAAGUGUGCAAAAACGCUUCCUUCCUGAACAACGAACAAAUCCAGCACGCGUUACAGCAGGUACAAGGCUCGGCCAGUGACUCUCAGAAGACGAAGUUCAGCGACCUUCUGGCGCUGGCGGAGGAUUUGGACGACAUCAGGACGACGCGGGUUCUCCGAGGCCGAAAAGCUUCGAUCAAUUCGAGCCCGAAACACAGCAACAAACCCAAGAAACCCGUUGAAGACAGCGGCGAGAGCACAGAGGUCAGCAGCGAGGAAGAAGACAUUCGCCCAAAGUCCAAGAAACGCAAGAAAUCGUCACUAGUAGAGGACGACAGUGACUGAUGCAGCAUUAAGCUAGCGGACUUCAGAUUUUAUAUCUCAUUAAGGUAGUUCAUCCGCCUCAUUACAGGAUACCAUUGAUUGUCACGUGGAUAAACUCUUCGGAGGCCAGGCAAGCGUUAAGUUGCCCAGACCUGUCAGAAUCUGACUAAAUCUCGCUUGCUUGAGAGAUAGACUUUUCAGCAAGGCGGUCAUUUAAUCGAAGAGAUUUUAUAUUCUGAAUAAUGCAGACUGUGUAUAUUGUAGCUGGAAUUUUCCUGUUCAGGUUUAUGGCUGUAGAUCUAAUUUUUAUGCCACCCCUGAUAAAUUGUUCAUGAAUCACGAGGUUUGACGACCUCCAUCGUAAAUGUGCUAGACUACAUUUUCUGUUAAGUGUACGUAGGGAAUAGUUUAGCCCUUGUCCAACAUAAUUUUAUCUCGCAUUCUUGCUGGUAUUGAAUUUUUUUGGUAUCAGAAUUAUUUUGUCAAUCAAGACCAAAUCAUCUGAGCUUGCUGUAUUUUUUCCCCAAACCUACAAAGUCUUGCCAAAAAUACUGAGGUACAGUUUUGAGGACUGCGAUGGCUUCUUUUGAGUUUCCUCUUCUAUUUCGCGAAGCUAUGCUACAUCAUUUGUUAUUCAGUUAGAAACCUCUUCCAGUGCAAUGGAGACUCAGGUCCAAGCUAGAUUGAUCUGUCUUUUAUUGUAAUAAGUGCGUAUUACGUUACCCUUUUGCCCACAGAUCAUCGGAAAGGCAGGCAUUAGCUGUAGACUACAGCGCUUGGACGCUAACUGUAAGUGUCAAAGGUCGUGUUUAUCCAUCCAGCCGGGGUUAUGUGUUACGCACUUCGCCAGAUUCUUCGCCGUAUAUGAACGGGAAACAAACAGAAUAAUAAAGAAUGUAUUUACAACCACAUGAACACCGGUAAAAGAAGUUAAGACCAUAUAUACAUACGCAUUUCUUUAAAAAAAAAAUUAUGCCGUCAAAACCUAAAACAAAUUUUGAGUGUGCGAAACUGCUCCAUUGUUUUUCUUUUCCGCCUGAAAGGGUAAGAAAGAGGCUAAUGAAUCUUGGACUGGUGAAUAAUGAUUUUAUUUUUUUUAUCAUUAAUUUCAAUUAAUUAAGUUUGGUUUGCUCUGCUUUUGUUAUGUUUGUCGUCAAGAAUUGUGUACCGUCGUGCCGUCUUCGCAUGUAAGCACCUAAAAGGCCUUUGUUAAGUUUCCUCGUUUACAUGUUUAGGGAUAAAAAUCAAUAUACUGUAUGAGGUACACGUAUAUAAUUUAUAGAAAUUUUUUUCGUUUUAUUGCUUCAUUUUUAUAGUUUGCUUUGAUCUUAUAACGUGGUUUCCUCUCAUUUUAGUACAUAUGUGAAAGGCAUGUGGUUGACCAUUAAUUUCUUAUAUGUAUCAGUUUGUAUGAAGUACAUGGCCGGUUCUGUGUUACCGCUCGAUACGCUCCUGCUUUUUGGCUAACGUAGCUCUGAUGCUUUGGCUCCGAUACCUGGAUGAGAGGCAGCCACGAACUGGACUAUAUAUCACUUCUGUAUACAGUUUAAUCGGUUGCUUUAUAACAUGGGUAUGUUGCAAUCUGGAGUAAGGCCUUAGGUUUACAUGACUAUAGUUUCUCUUGAGUUAAGGUGUUCAUUUUAACACUGCAUUAUAAUCGAAUGAUACCUUAUUCCAGACCGCACACUUCCCGACAUUUGGCAUAUUGCUCGCGCGGAGACGGCGGUGAAAAUAUCAACAUGGAGAAGUUAAUGAAAAUCUCUCUUUCUUAGCCUCAUUAACUACGCUUUGUUGGCGUUUUCAGUUUACGUAUGCUGCGCAGAUUCUUCUGUUAACUAGCAUGUUAAAAUUUCUGGUAAUAUUCAGGCGCAGAUCUCAGAAUAAGGUCGGUUGUUGUCCAUUUCCCAUACCUUCCCGUGUUCUCUUUCAUCUCGUCGUCUGCAAGCUACAGUCGCAGACGAGUGCCCGGAUGUCCGCGGUCUGAAAUAUUGCCUGUAUUCGGUUAUGUUGGCUAUCUUAAAAUAACCUGUGUAUGAUGUCUCGAAAUUAGGUUUUGUAUUGCUCCUCAUGGGCCAAGCUGUUACUGGAAUACGUAUGUACGGUACUGCGUUCAGUUCAUGCUAUUGAUCCUGAUGUGAGCAUGGUAUGACGUAGUUUGCAGGAAUUAUAGCUUGUAUUCCGAUUGGUUGUCUUGACGUAGUUUGCAGGAACCAUAGCUUGUAUUCCAAUUUGUUGUCUUGACAUGAGCAUGGUAUGACGUAGUUUGCAGGAACCAUAGCUUGUAUUCCGAUUGGUUGUCUUGACGUGAGCAUGGUAUGACGUAGUUUGCAGGAACCAUAGCUUGUAUUCCGAUUGGUUGUCUUGUCAUGAGCAUGGUAUGACGUAGUUUGCAGGAACCAUAGCUUGUAUUCUGAUUGGUUGUCUUGACAUGAGCAUGGUAUGACGUAGUCGGCAGGGCCUAUAACUUGUACUCUGAUUAGUUGUCCGGUCACACCUGUUGUCAGGGAGUAACCCUGAACUGUGGAAUGGUAGCCACACAGUACGAUCUGUCGCAGUGGCGUGUCAUAAGUCAUGACGUGUAGUCCCAGGAAAAUAGGACCUGGUCUGCUGAGUCUAGUGAACGUGAUCCCUCAACAUCAUUCCCGCCUACACAAGCUUGAUCUAAGCUGUGCGUAAACAUCACUGUCAUCUCUGUCGUGAUGCUGCAGCACUUGUGACCUACGUCUUUGCUUUACGAACACAACUACACAGAAAACAGUGACGUAUUACAGAAUAGCACAAAAGGGUAAACCGCUUGGGAUGACUUGUUUUUCGUGGGCUAAAAAUCACGUUCUUAUUGACACGUUUGCGGUUUGAUUGUGUUCUACAAAUUGGUAGAUAAAUCGCACUUAUAACUUCAGUCUGGAUGAACUCAGCUGGAUAUACGAAUCUCCAAUAUUAUUCUUGUAUACAGCUGAGUUUAUUUAUAUGGAUGUGACUUGUGAGCUGUGUACGUGUAUAUGGAAUUGUUAGCCAGAUUGCGUCGCCAUGGUAUGGCUAAUCACUAGCGAUUUAUAUCGUCACAGAAUAAUCUGGUAUUGCCUUUGUACAGUACAUACAUGUACCUCACGAAAUGCACCACUGGUGUGUCUAGAUCACGACGAGAGAACUAUGAUCUUAAAACCAUUUUGUUAAAUAAAAUAUAUAAGCAAAUGAGAAACAGAACAUUCAAGUGU